GAGGCUCCGCUGGCAGAAGGAAUAUCAAGGGUCCGCAAUGGAGCCCGCGGGCCGGGGUCGUGCCCCGCCCUGAGCGCCCCCAUUGGCGGCCAUGCUGCCCCGAGGGCGCCCCCGGGCUCUGGGGGCCGCCGCGUUGCUGCUGUUGCUUCUGGUCGGAUUCUUCCUGUUUGACGGGCGGUGGCGGGGGGCUGCUGCCCUCGACGGAGACUCGCCGGCGGACCUCGGGGACCACAACCGCUCCGACUGCGUCCCGCCGCUGCCUCUGCCUCCCAAGUGCGAGCUCUUGCAUGUGGCCCUGGUGUGUGCGGGACACAACUCCAGCCGAGAUGUCAUUACCCUGGUGAAAUCAAUGCUCUUCUACAGGAAAAACCCCCUGCACCUUCACUUGGUGACUGAUGCUGUGGCCAGAAGUAUCCUGGAGACGCUCUUCCACACAUGGAUGGUGCCGGCUCUCGGGAUCAGCUUCUACGAUGCUGAUGAGCUCAAGCCCCAGGUCUCCUGGAUUCCCAACAAGCACUACUCCGGUCUCUAUGGGUUAAUGAAGCUAGUGCUGCCCCGGGUCCUGCCCGCUGACCUGGCCCGUGUCAUUGUCCUGGACACAGAUGUCACCUUUGCCUCUGACAUUGCAGAGCUCUGGGCACUCUUUGCCUACUUUUCUGACAAGCAGGUGAUCGGUCUCGUGGAGAAUCAGAGUGACUGGUACCUGGGCAACCUCUGGAGGAACCACAGGCCCUGGCCUGCCCUCGGCAGGGGAUUUAACACAGGUGUGAUCCUCCUGUGGCUGGACCGGCUCCGGCAGGCUAGCUGGGAGCAGAUGUGGAAGCUGACCGCCACUCGGGAACUCCUCACUCUGCCGGCCACCUCGCUGGCCGACCAGGACAUCUUCAAUGCUGUCAUCAAAGAGCACCCCGGGCUGGUGCGGCCCCUGCCCUGCGUCUGGAACGUGCAGCUGUCGGACCACACGCUGGCCGAGCGCUGCUACUCCGAGGCCUCGGACCUCAAGGUGAUCCACUGGAACUCACCGAAGAAGCUGCGUGUGAAGAACAAGCACGUGGAAUUCUUCCGCAACCUCCACCUGACCUUCCUGGAGUACGAUGGGAACCUGCUGCGGAGAGAGCUCUUUGGGUGCCCCAGCCCACCCCCACCUGGGGCUGAGCAGGUGCAGCGGGCCCUGGCCCGGCUGGACGAGGAGGACAUCUGCUUCGAGUUCCGGCAGCAGCAGCUCACUGUGCACCGUGUGCACCUCACCUUCCUACCCCACAGGCCCCUGCCCCCCAGGCCCCACGACGUCACCCUGGUGGCCCAGCUCUCCAUGGACCGGCUGCAGAUGCUGGAGGCCCUGUGCAGGCACUGGCCGGGCCCCAUGAGCCUGGCCUUGUACCUGACAGACGCAGAGGCCCAGCAGUUCCUGCGCUUCGUCGAGGCCUCCGUGGUGCUCGCUGCCCGGCAGGAUGUGGCCUAUCACGUGGUGUACCGUGAGGGCCCCCUCUACCCUGUCAACCGGCUUCGCAACGUGGCCUUGGCCCAGGCCCUCACCCCUUACGUCUUCCUCAGCGACAUCGACUUCCUGCCUGCCUACUCCCUCUACGACUACCUCAGGGCCUCCAUUGAGCAGCUGGAGCUGGGCAGCAGGCGGAAAGCCGCUCUGGUGGUGCCCGCCUUUGAGACCCUGCACUACCGCUUCAGCUUCCCCAGUUCCAAGGCCGAACUGCUGGCCUUGCUGGACGCCGGCGCCCUCUACACCUUCAGGUACCACGAGUGGCCCCGGGGUCACGCGCCCACCGACUACGCCCGCUGGCGGGAGGCGCAGGCCCCUUACCGCGUGCAGUGGGCAGCCGACUACGAGCCCUACGUGGUGGUGCCCCGUGACUGUCCCCGCUAUGACCCCCGCUUUGUGGGCUUUGGCUGGAACAAGGUCGCCCACAUCGUGGAGCUGGAUGCACAGGAAUACGAGCUCCUGGUGCUGCCCGAGGCCUUCACCAUCCACCUGCCUCACACCCCGAGCCUGGACAUCUCCCGCUUCCGCUCCAGCCCCCCCUACCGGGACUGCCUCCAGGCCCUCAAGGACGAAUUCCACCAGGACUUGUCCCGCCACUAUGGGGCUGCUGCCCUCAAAUACCUCACUGCCCUGCAGCCCCGAGGGCCAGCCUGACUGCCCAGGCAGCUCUCCCCUGCCCUCACCUUGGGCUCACACACACCUUGCAGAUGCUGGAGCAGCUCUGCUGCCCCCCACCAAGCCCCACCCAGCUACUUAAGUUAUUUAAGGUUUCUGUGGGAAGGGCUGUGGUGGAGCAGGGCCGGAGGACCUGGGGGCCUCCCACCUGGACACCUCCCACCUGGACACCUCCCAUCGCUGCUGUAGCUAGAGUUCAGCUUUCCUCUGCCCCAGCUGGGUGGGGCUGGUUCACCCA